AUGCGCAAGUUUGGAAAGCCCCAGCGAGCUUCUGUCGCCAGAAAGCUGGCAGCCCUCUUCGCUUACUUCGCCUUUUUCCUCCUCGUCGUCAUAGGUGCCCCCUACGCCGCCCCUUAUCGCUCAAGCGAGCACUGUGUCCCCCCACAGAGUGGCAGCUCGGCGGCAGCACUGAGCGCCGCCGCCGCCGAUGCUGCCGACGAGCCGGCCUGGCAGGCCCGCAACCGCCUGGCGAUCGUGUAUCUCACCAAGAAGGCUGACAGCAGCAUGGCCAACCUGGAGAAGAGCCUGCAGCUGGUGCACCAACACGUGCUGCCCUGGACCACGGCAGACGUGCUCGUGUUUCAUGAAGGCGACUUCUCGGCGGAGGACCAGGCCCAGCUGAUCGCAGGCAGGCCCGACAUCCACUUCCUGCGCAUCCCGGCACGCUACUGGCGCCUGCCGUACUUUCUCAGCGAGGACGACUUCCCCAGCUGGCACGACCAGGGCUUCUCGAUCGGCUACCGCCACAUGAUCCGCUGGUUCUCGCUGCACCUCUGGACCUUCGCGUCCGAGGCUGGCUACGAUAACCUCACCCAGUUCAUGCGGGACCGCGACCUGACCUACGCGUACCGCAUCUCCUUCACCGAGUGGCCCACCAGCGCCACGGGCUUCCCCGAGACACUGCGCGCCUACCUGGACAUGUACCCGCAGGGCGAUGCGCCCCACCUGCUCGCCCAUUGCACCCCCGCCAGCCUGGACGGCCUGACGGGCGCCGGCUGGAGCCGCUUCUCCUUCUACAACAACUUCUUCCUCACCGCCGUGCCCUUCUGGCAGCGCCCCGACGUGCGCCGCCUCCUGGAGUUUGUCGACCGCUCCGGCGGCAUAUACACGCACCGCUGGGGCGACGCCCUCAUCCACACCGCCGCCGUGCAGAUCUUCCUGCCCGAGGGCGGGGUGCACAAGUUUGAGGACUGGACGUACGAGCACGCCACCCUGGGGCCCGGCGCCCAGCUCAAGUGGGGCGGCAUCGUGGGCGGCAGCGCCGACCCCGACAGCGAGCGGCGCGUGGCUGAGUUUGCCGCGGCGCACGGCGGCCAGGCGGUGCUGUGCGUUGAGGAGUCCAAGUGCCCCUGA